AUGUCUGUCCGCGCCAGGAGGCGGCCCAGGGGGCAGAGGUGGGGGCAGGGGCUGGAGGCAGCACUGGAGCCGGCUGCUGGAGCAUUCUGCAACGUCUGCCAGAUCUUCAUCACUUACCUGGAUAACGAACUGCUGAAAAACGAGACGCUGACGGAACUGGGCGCUGUGCUGGAGAAGGGCUGUGAGCUGCUGCCCGGCCCGCUCACCAGCACGUGCGAGGCGCUAGUGAUGCAGUACGAGCCAGCAGCUGUGCGGCUCCUCGUGCAGAUGAUGGACCCUGACUUUGUCUGCACU